CAAGCAAGUGCAUCAUCCGCGUACAGCCAGUGCGACGCAUAUGUCCAGCAUUUGUCACUUCUGUUCCUGCAAGACAACCUUUCAACUUUGACCUUGCAAGCCAGAUUGUCAAGGUUUUUAACAUCUUUCCAAAUGCCAUGCGUUCUUACAGGGAGAUGGCACCAAGCGGUGAGACUAGAGUAGCACAGCAGUCUGGGGAAGUCUCGGAGAGUCGAAGUAGUUGCGUCGAUCGCACAAGGCAAAACCGGUUUGGGGUUGCAAAAAAAUUAAGGGAGCUCAGCAAAGUGCUGUCCACUGUCAGCGUGGAUAUAGGGGGAGUUAACGAAAUGAUCGAUGAUGACGUUGACCAUUUGUCCAAUUACUUGGCGCACUUAAGAGGACGGCGAGUCAGGAUCGCUGGGGACCACCGAAUUCGGGCUUUGGCCGCGCCUCUGUCGGGAGACGAACCCUGCGCGCACAAGAAUGAAGCACAUUUAGGGCGCGACUUUGGGGAAGAUGCCCUAUGGGUUGCAUAUGGUGGUGAACACACAGUUAUUGUAUUCAAGGACAAGACUUGUACAACCAGUAAAUAUGGUAGUCCCCUAGACUCAAGUGUAACUGACGAUUAUAGAGGGUGCACAAACCAGAGAACAAAAGUAAAGGAUUGCCACAGGAGUGCACCGCCCAGUGACUUGCUUGACAGGUCUCACGAAUGUGUUCGCAUUAGCCUCAACAUCCACAUGAAAGCAGGCAGCCAAGGCGCAGCACUGAAAGGGCCCUGUGAUGGAGUCGACAGUCUGCCACGCAGCUGGGCAGAGGAUGUUCAGAAUGCUGCAGUGGUGAGCAGGGACGGCUCUGCUCAGGCGCGUGCAGCAGGGAUGCAGGGGGCAGAGAAAGUGAGCCCAAACCCAGUGGAUUGUGAGAAAGAUCAGGAAGAGGACACUGCGCCAGAGAGCACAGCUUUAUCACAAAGAUCACACAGUGCGCAGAGCUCUCAGAAGAACAUACGACGAUUUCCUCACAUAAUAUGCUUCACCACUCUAUCUUGUAUUUUAUUGGUGCUUUCUUUCUACUGUAUUUGUUACCGGAGUUACAUUUGCUUCGCGACACAGUAUUUCACCCCUAAGGGAAUGAAACCAACAUAAGUGUAUGUAGAAUAAAAAUCAGAGCGUUGAAGUGGG